UUGGUAUCUAAACUAUCGAUGUUUGGAUCGAUCAUCCCAUCCGAGGGGACAGCGGCGUUGUCUGCUGGUGUGUGAAGACGGAAGUGGCUUCCUUCAGGCAAUCACCUUUGGACAAAAACAUCGCCGCUUACCCAGCUAUGUCUAUCGCAUACAAAAACAGGAUACAAGACUUCAAAGUAGCUUUGAGUGAAGGGAAUAUCAACUUGAAGACACUAAGAGAACUGUGCUUCAAUGGAAUCCCGUUUGAAGGAGGCAUACGGGCUCUUUGCUGGAAGGUCCUUCUUAACUACCUUCCUCUUGACCAGACAAGAUGGGAGUCUUUCCUCAAAAAGGAAAGGGAGGUGUAUUCACAGUUUCUGAAAGAAAUGAUCAUCCAGCCUGGCAUUGCUAAAGCCAACCUGGGCCUAUCCAGAGAAGAUGUAACGAUGGAAGACCAUCCUCUAAAUCCCAAUCCAGACAGCAGGUGGAAUACUUACUUCAAAGAUAAUGAAAUUCUUCUACAAAUUGAUAAAGAUGUAAGGAGGCUGUAUCCAGACAUGGCCUUCUUUCAGCGUCCUACGGACUACCCAUGCCAACUUAUCUUAGACCCUCAGAAUGAUUAUGAGACGCUGCGUCGGCGAGUGGAGCAAACCACCCUGAAAGCACAAACUGUUAAUCGGAACCGCAGUGGAGUAACCAAUGUCAGCUCCCCUGGAAAGGCAUUGAAUCUGUAUCCAUCCAAUGAAUACGAGGUGUUGCCCUGUGGCAGUGAAGCACAUUGGGAGGUGGUGGAGCGCAUCCUCUUCAUCUACGCCAAACUCAAUCCAGGGAUUGCCUAUGUCCAGGGCAUGAAUGAAAUCGUUGGUCCAAUUUACUAUACAUUCGCCACAGACCCAAACAGCCAGUGGAAAGAGCAUGCAGAGGCAGACACGUUCUUCUGCUUCACCAAUCUAAUGUCGGAGAACAGAGACAACUUCAUCAAGAGCCUCGACGACUCUCAGUGCGGCAUAACGUACAAAAUGGAGAGUGUGUACUCCAUGCUCAAAGAGAAAGAUCUGGAGCUCUAUCUCAAGCUGCUAGAACAGAAUAUCAAACCUCAGUAUUUCACCUUCCGCUGGCUGACCCUGUUGUUAUCACAAGAGUUCCUCCUGCCAGAUGUCAUCCGCAUCUGGGACACUCUGUUCUCCGACCAGGACCGCUUCCACUUCCUCAUCCUGGUUUGCUGUGCCAUGCUCAUACUGAUCCGAGACAACAUUCUGGCAGGAGACUUCACAGUAAAUAUGAGAUUACUGCAGGAUUAUCCCAUCUCAGAUGUCCACACCAUCUUGAUGAAGGCCAAAGAACUGCAGGAUAACUCAUAAUCAGUUCCAGCUGUUGCCUCCACUCUUAUGUGGUGAGUGCGAGGGCAGACGUCGACCAAAACAUUGUCUGUUUAAGGACCUCCACGCACGUGUUGGGGAAAAAGACGCCUAUUGACUUUUAACAGGACGAUCUGGUGUUUGGUCAGUGGGAGCGGCCAAAGAGAACUUGAAUGAAGGAACAUUGUGGUGAUCAGGAAGGGUAUCACAGUGCAUUAUGGGAAGAGGAGUCCCUGUGGUCAUUCUCUGCCAUCGCUUGUUGUCCACAGUCGUCAGUGUUUGCAGUGACAGUUCAAUUGGUAAGUGAUGAAAACAUUCCAGAGCCAAGCUUUUAUCCAAACGGCAUUUGGAAGCAUAAUAAAUGAGUUGUUUUGUCCCUUUCCUUAGUUUUUGGUGGUUGUGCUCUUUUUAAACAUUUGAAUGUUUUCAAUAUAAGUCAUUACUAGCAGUAGUACAAAGAUAAUCAUGAAGGGAUGGGAGUGGCAUUUUUGUUAUGAUUUGUUAUUAUGAAUGAUGGUUGCUACUUCAGUAUUGUGCCUUUUAGACCCACAAGGAAUUGAAAUUUUAUUUUGACAGAAUGAAAGGUGUCACUACAGUAUACUGUAUCAUGCAAGUUGUGAUACAUCAUACACUACACUCCUCCCUCGUGGGCAUGCAUGGCCUUCAUUUUUUUGGAACCCUUCUUUUUCAAAGGUGGAAUCAUUGUACCAGAGCUAUUUCAACCUUUUCCACAUUGGAAAAUGUAAGAAAGUUAGGGUCACUUUGAUAUUUUGUAAAGCAACACAUGUAAAUAUGCUAACUAGUUAUAUAUUUCAAGAAAAGAAAAUGCAUCUCUGCUUUGUUGUACCUCCGCUACUAAUAAAUAUAUUAGUAGUAUAUAUAACUUUGCUCACCCUUUUCCCCCAUUUGUGUUUUUUUAAAUCAAAUUUUCCCAAUAUUUUGACUUUCUUCUUAAGUAAUCAUUUGUCAUCUUUAAUAUUUCAACUCAUGCUACAAAAGUGGUGUUUUUUCGUCGUAGUGUAAGUUUAAUCUAAAAUAAUGAAGUGUUUACAAUUACUUUUUUCUAGGAGUAUGUUAACUUUAUUCUCAUAAAUUGUUGUUUCCAUUUGUGCUGUUGUUACUAAAAUAAUGUUUUUCCUCUUAAUUUUUCAUGUUGUUCUCAUAAAACCGAGGAUUUUCACAUGAGACUACAACUCUUUUCUCUUAAUAUUUUCAAUUUGUUCAUGUAAAAUUACUGCUUUUUUUUGUUUCAAUUUUGUGCCAAUUGUGCCAAAAAACAGAUGCCAUUGACAUACACCUCAGCAACCGUUCCCCUUUGUUGAUGGAUCAACAUUAGCAAUAAAAGUGACUGUUGUAAUUAUUAAACAAAAUUCAGCUCCAGACCUCUCCCCUUCUCGCGUCAAUUGCCAUGGUUCCCUCACGUUCCGUACAGGGUGGAGCAAUGAAGCAUACCAGGGGCCACUUGUCAAUUAGUCGUACACAGCAGCUACCGCAGGAAGAGGCCGGAUCAGGCUGUACUUAAUCCUUCCUGAUGUAAGAUCUGCAUCCCAUUCAAGUCUGCUCCAGUAUUUAUUAUCUUUGCUUAAGUCCAAAUGUACGUAAAUGUCUUUGUUCCAGAGCAAAUGAGCCGCUUGGUCAGUGACGGUUGGUGUUCAAGGAAUGAACAAUGUGCAAUUGGAAAGGAUUCAAAAGGGAGUACACUCCUUACAUUUCUGCAAAUAUUUUAUAUAUUUUCAUGAGACAACACUAAAAAAAAAGAUGCAGUCAGUGUACAGCUUGGAUAAGUGUACAUAAAAAAAAAUACAAUUCUAUAAUCAACAAUUCAAAUCAACAAUAAUUCAACAAUUCUAAAAAUAAAGAACAAUUUAAAAAGAAAACUUACUAAAAAACAGCAAAAAUCAGCAGUAAUUUUACAAUAAUUAUGUUUCAAUAUUUUUUUCAAUAUAUAUUUUAAAAUAUGUAUAAUUUAUUUAUAAAUAUUAUCACGUUCACAUCGACAUGGUGCAUUUUUUCACAUAAAACAUACGUUUUCAAUUGGACCUCUUACCCUGCAGUAUAAAUGUAGCCAAAAUAUCAAAGUGGCCCUUACAUCGUUUCAUUUUUCAGAAUGUGGCCCUCGAUGGGAAAAGUUUGGACACCCCUGUUUUAGACGCAGUCUUGUGUUCAGUGUACUCAAAAAUGUAUCGGGUUGCAUGUUGUGAAUUUGAUGAUACACAUUUUCAUUGUUGCCAGUGUUAAUACUUGUACAUAUAUUUUUUUACAUACUGCAUUAAAAUGAAGGAUUGGAUAAAUUUAA